CGCAAGCACAAGUGGGCUGAUCCAGCGCACAGCAAACAGGUACCACGUGUUGAUCCAACACGUUUGGUAAGGUAAGUCUACCCAGGGGGAACCUUUGGGACUGAUAUAAAUAUAGGAAGUAAGAGUAUAAACCAGGUGGAUGCCUGCUGGGCUCCAAUGGUUAAGUCAAACCGGGUAAAAACGUAUGUACGGGUAUCCUUGAACUGCCUGGUGAUCCAUCAUGUGGGGAUUCCACCCACCCAACGGAGAACUUCUUCGUUGGUUGAGCAUGACCCGCUAAUCCAGUGGGACCCCUCAUGUCUCCCAUACAGUAAAGUUAUAGUCCUUAGACUAGUGUAGGUUAUAGGGACAGGGUUUAGUGAUCUACUAAACAUGAUAAACUCACAUGUUGGAAGUGAAUGGAACAGGAAAGCGCCAGCGUCAAUGCUGAGCGUGUAGUUGUUUGUGUGCUACACGCAGCGGAUGGAGCAAGCACAGAUGUUCCAGCCGCCACCACCGCCGCCUCCGCCACCAGCUCGGCAGGUCACCCUAAAGCAUUAAAGGAUAACGGCGCCGAGGAGUUUCUUGGUGACAACAUUGCGGAACCACAGAUUGCCUUUGACUGGUUGGAUCAAACCACGAGGGUACUAAGGAACUUGAGGAUUCCGGAAGCUGAUCGUCCCGAGCUAGCUGUCCAGUUGCUGCGUAAAGGGGCAUAUGAGUGGUGGAAGAGAGCAAGUGAGAACGCUCCUGAACCACUAACAUGGGCAUAUUUUGAUAGCUCCUUCGAGAAAGAGUACAUUCCGCCCCGUUUCCGAGAGGGAAAACGGGCUGAGUUCGUGGCUUUGAGGCAGGGAGAUAUGACACUCCCUGAGUUUCAACAUAGGUUUGAUCACUUGGCCCAGUUUGCAGGAACUUUGGUGGGCACCAUAGCAAAUCGCAUUGAGGAGUUCACUACUAAACUCCGACCAGAUAUACAGCCCUACUUGUCAGCGGUGCCAACAACAGACUUCACAGUCGCGUACAACCAAAUAGAGAAAGCCGAGAAGGGGCUGAUUGCAUGGAAGAAGAGUGUGGCCGGUUCUGAGGAGCCAAGCCCCCAACCCAAGGGCAGUGUCACGACAGGUGGCACACGAACCCCUGGCGGAGGUCACAGCAUGCAGCAUUCCAAGAAGACCAAGUCAGGACCCUCACACUCUGGAGCAUCAAGUAACAAGCCGCGACCGUCUAGGCACCCUAAGUGUAAUAUCUGCGGAAGAAACCAUCCUAGAGAAUGCUGGUUCACGCAGGGGUUGUGCCUGGGAUGCGGUAAGGCGGGACACUUCAAGAGGGGUUGUGCCUGGGAUGCGCAGACACAGCCGACUACGGCCCGUCGUACACAGAGUCAGCGUACCACCACGGGAUCGAACCCGCGAAGGAGCCAGAGUCAAAGCCAGAGCCAUGAUCGUCAACAAGGAGGAACUCCAGCGCGCACCUAUGCCAUGCAGGGGCGAACCGAAGUAAACAUGGACGUCAUUCUAGGUAUGUUCUCACUAUUCGAUACCCACAUGCUAGCACUUAUUGAUCCAGGUUCUACGCUAUCUUAUAUUUGCAUCCCUAUGCUAGAAAAGUCUGACAUUCCGAGAGGCGACUUAGAGUACCCCAUGAUAGUUUCCAAUCCAUUAGGGCAUAGCAUGAGAUUACACCACGUGUUCCGAAAUUGUCCGUUGACCGCCCAAGGACAAGUACUCUCUGCGAACUUAAUAGAGCUACCAUACAAGGAGUUCGAUGUUAUCCUUGGUAUGGAUUGGCUAACAGAGCAUCAAGCAAUAAUCGAUUGCGGACUACGCACCGUUUGGUUGAAGGCCGACAACGGUGGGGUCAUUGAGGUUAAGGGGGAAUUGUUCCCUAAACCCCCUGAGUUCGUAUCCCUUAUGCAAGCUAAGCGUCUCUUCCAGAAGUUUACAUCAUUGUUCAAGAAGCUUCUAGAAUUUCAGGCUUGGCUCAACAGCGAUGUACAAUAUCCAACAUCGUUGUUGGAGGACUUAGCGGCAAACCAUGGUUUUCAGGAGCCAACACCAGACAGCACUGUUGGUCACUCCAACAUCGCUGUAGGGCUGGUUUUGGCAGAACCAUGGCUGGUCUGUCACGCCAGAAAGAUGAGUACAAAGGGAAGAACAAGCAUAGAGGUUGGAAGUGAUGGAGUGGCAAUCAUCACCAUCAUCAACCCUCCUGUCAAUUCACUUUCUCUCGAUGUACUUAAUAGCUUAAAGGAGAGUUAUGAACAUGCCUUGAGUAGGGAUGAUGUGAAGGCAAUUGUUGUUACAGGUGCAAAUGGAAAGUUUUCUGGCGGUUUUGAUAUCAGUGCCUUUGCUGGAUUACAAAGAGGAAUGGUUGCAACACCAAAACCUGGUUUUGUGUCGGUGGAGAUUCUUAGUGACAUAGUAGAAGCUUCAAGAAAACCAUCAGUAGCAGCCAUUGAUGGUCUUGCUCUAGGUGGAGGACUCGAAGUUGCAAUGGUUUGCCAUGCCCGUAUUUCUACUCCACAUACACAACUUGGCUUACCGGAGCUCCAACUUGGUAUAAUUCCUGGGUUUGGAGGCACACAGCGGCUUCCACGCCUUGUUGGUCUUGCUAAGGGCUUAGAGAUGAUGCUUACAUCAAAGCCCGUUAAAGGACAGGAAGCCUUGAAUUUGGGUCUCGUAGAUGCUGUUGUCUCACCAAGUGAACUAUUGGAUGCUGCACGUCGUUGGGCUCUUGAUAUCUUUGAGCGGCGCAAACCUUGGGUUACAAGUCUCUAUAGGACAGACAAAAUAGAACCACUAGGGGAUGCCAAGGAGAUCCUAAAGUUUGCUCGAGCUCAGGCCCGUAAGCAAGCUCCAAAUCUUAACCAUCCAUUAGUCUGCAUUGAUGUUGUUGAAGAGGGUAUAGUGUCUGGUCCACGUGCUGGCCUUUGGAAGGAGGCAGAAGCAUUCCAAGAGCUUCUAUAUUCGGACACGUGCAAGGCCUUGGUACACAUUUUUUUUGCCCUUCGUGGAACCACAAAGGUUCCUGGUGUAACUGAUCAAGGGCUGGCACCAAGAAAAAUUAAGAAGGUUGGAAUUUUGGGAGGGGGUCUAAUGGGCUCUGGUAUCGCUACAGCUUUUCUUCUCUGCAACUAUCCUGUAAUUUUGAAGGAAGUUAAUGAGAAAUUUUUGCAAGCUGGAAUUGGUAGAGUAAGAGCCAAUUUGCAAAGUCGAGUGAAGAAGGGGAAAAUGAGUCAAGAGAAGUUUGAAAAAACUUUCUCCCUGCUAAAAGGUGUCCUAGACUACGAAAGCUUUAGAGAUGUGGAUUUGGUCAUUGAGGCUGUUAUCGAGGACGUAAAUCUAAAGCAGAACAUAUUUGCUGAUCUUGAGAAGUAUUGUCCUCCGCAUUGCAUACUUGCGAGCAAUACAUCCACCAUUGACUUGAACUUAAUUGGACAGAAAACCAGAUCACAUGACCGUAUCAUUGGUGCCCACUUUUUCAGCCCAGCUCAUGUGAUGCCACUUCUGGAAAUUGUUCGCACUCAAAAAACGUCUCGUCAAGCUAUUGUCGACUUACUAGAUGUUGGGAAAAAGAUAAAGAAAACCCCUGUGGUUGUGGGUAAUUGCACUGGUUUUGCUGUCAACAGGAUGUUCUUUCCUUACACUCAAGCUGCUCUCUUGCUCGUGGAACGGGGUACAGAUGUCUACAAAAUAGAUAAAGCAAUUACCAAAUUUGGAAUGCCCAUGGGCCCUUUUAGAUUGUGCGACCUUGUUGGCUUUGGCGUUGCAAUUGCAACUGGAGGUCAAUACGUGAUGAACUUUCCAGAAAGAACUUAUAAAUCGAUGUUGAUACCACUCAUGCAAGAAGACAAAAGGGGAGGUGAAUCCACUGGCAGAGGAUUUUAUAUUUAUGAUGAAAGGCGCAAAGCCAGCCCAGAUCCUGAAAUAAAGAAAUACAUUGAGGAGUCAAGGGAAAUGUCUGGCGUUACCAUUGACCCUAAGUUGACAAAACUUUCGGAUAAGGACAUUGUGGAGAUGACGUUUUUGCCAGUUGUAAAUGAAGCCUGUAGAGUACUUGCUGAAAGCAUUGCAAUCAAAGCGGCUGAUUUAGACAUAGCUUCUGUCAUGGGCAUGGGUUUCCCACCUUACAGAGGAGGCAUCCUGUUCUGGGCAGACACCCUUGGAUCAAAGUACAUUUACUCGAAGCUGAAUGAUUGGUCAAAGAUCUAUGGAGGUUUCUUUGAGCCAUGUUCUUACUUGGCUGAAAGAGCUGCCAAGGCUGCCCCUCUUAGUUUGGAAAUGGAAACAGGGAGAUCCCGCCUGUGAGAUCAGUCUGGCUUUUGUGUGCUUUAUCCCGAGGAAAUGUGCAAGUGCUCUUUGAUAACUUUGAAGAGGAAAAAUAAUACUACAAGAACCAUUAAUGCACUGUUUUGGUCCGGAAGUUUAUUUGUUCUACAAUAUAUCCGAACACAACCUACAAUAAUUCUGAAUGAAUGAAAUUGUACGAGUAAUAGAGUAAAGAGUAUAGCAUGAAGUUUCCUAUACUAUAGAAAAAUGUGCACGAUUCAGGUUUGGUGAAAUUUAGUUCAUAUUCAGAGUCGUAUUAUUCAUUUUUGUUCAAUCUGGUCCUUGUGUUUAUUAGUUUCGCGUUAGCCACUAUUAAAAGGGGUGACAUGUU